AUGACGCUCAACGCUCACAAGUUUGUCCUGGCUGCUCGCAGUGAUGCCUGGAGCCUGGCCAACCUGGCCUCUACCUCAGAAAUGGACCUGUCUGGUGAGUUGAGCACCCUCCCUGCUGUCAAAACUACUGGUCACAAUGCCCCAGAAUGUACCCCAAGAAAAAAGACGAGUCCAUUGUGUUCACAGUUUUUUGAAAAUGCGCUACAAACUGUCUUUUCCAACAUCUGCAUUAAAAGCAGUUUAUUGAUAGCGUAGCUAUUGUUCAGUAAAGUUAUAUUUCAUUCCACUCUGGGUCGUUAACACUGUCUCUCCCAUGCUGGGUGUUCCAGAUGCCAAGCCGGAGGUUGCCAUGGCGAUGUUGCGCUGGGCCUACACAGACAACCUGGAGCUCAGCGAGGACGAUGCCUUCCUCAUCGACCUGAUGAAGCUGGCCAACCGCUUCCAGCUGCAUCUGCUCCGAGAGAGGUAGGAAGGGGCUGCCUGACAAUUCUGCUCAGUCGCUGAUGACCUUGCCUCCCAGAUGACUACUCGUUACGGUUUGUAGAUCAGUUGGUGACUGCACUGUUACUGACUGUCAUCUCAAACUCACAGUCCCUCUGGGGUGUGUUUUUACUCCCUACGGGCACAGGUGCUCUUUGUGGUUUUUCUUUCCUCUAGGCUAUGAAUGCAUUGUACACUAUUUCCCAUUGACAUCAAUAUCCUCAAAUAUAGCUUUUGUUCUCUUGGAACAGGUGUGAGAAAGGGGUGAUGUCAUCGGUGAACGUGAGGAACUGUAUCCGGUUCUACCAGACGGCUGAGGAGCUGGACGCCACAACCCUCAUGAACUACUGUGGAGAGAUCAUCGCCAGCCACUGGGUAUAUAUAUACAAAUAUCUCCACUGUCCAACUGCUGUUCACUGAUCCACUGGGGGGGGGGAACAUUGCUAGUAGCGUUAGCGCAUUGACAUGGUAGCUGUUUCCCAUAGACUUUGAGACAUUGAGCCAACGAGUCAUUGAGCCAAUGAGUCAUUGAGCCAACGGGUUGCACCCCCCAUUGCCCUCAGAACUGACUCAAUUCGUCGGGGCAUGGACUCUACAAGGUGUUGAAAGCAUUCCAUAGGGAUGCUGGCCCAUGUUGACUCCAAUGCUUCCCACAGUUGUGUCAAGUUGGCUGGGUGUCCUUUGGAUGUUGGACCAUUCUUGAUACAUACACAGGAAACGGUUGAGCGUGGAAAAACCCAGCAGCGUUGCAGUUCUAGACACAAACCAGUGUGCCUGGCUCCUACUACCAUACCCAGUUCAAAGGCAUUUACAUAUUUUAUCUUGCCCAUUCAUCAUCUGAAUGGCACACAUACACAAUCUGUCUCAAGGCUUAUAAAUCCUUCUUUAACCUGUCUCCUCCCCUUCAUCUACACUGAUUGAAGUGGAUUUAACAGGUGACAUCAAUAAGGGAUCAUAGCUUUCACCUGGUCUAUGUCAUGGAAAGAGCAGGUGUUCAUAAUGUUUAGUGCACUCGGUGUAUGUGUGUGUAUAUAUAUAAUUACAUCAUAUUUUGGGCCACUGCUGCUAAAUGAAUGUAGGGAAAACACUGCACUGACUGUCCAACUGUGGACAGGACGGGACAGGACUGUCUCCGGGUCAAUGGGACAGUCCUGGCUGCGAGUGAAGGGGCUUGACUCAAUACACAGUCCAUUUAAUCUCUGAGGACAUCCUGUAGUGCUCAGCCUGGUCAUGCAUCACGAUCAUUAUACUGUCAUCUCAACUGUCCUUUACCUCAUCUAAAAAUAUGUUUUAAAACACCUUCAACGAAAUUGAGUCCAUUCAAAAAAUCUAGCAGUUGUGCUCAACAGCUGAAUCUCUCGAAGGUAGCACUACGUUCCCCAUAGCAACUAGUCAUCUGGACUGUAUCCAUUUGUCCAGUCUCUAGACUCCCGAGUGGCUCAGUGGUCUAAGGCACUGCAUCGCAGUGCUAGCUGUGCCACUAGAGAUCCUGGUUCGAAUCCAGGCUCUGUCGUAGCCGGCCGCGACCGGGAGACCCAUGGGGCGGCGCACAAUUGGCCCAGCGUCGUCCAGGGUAGGGGAGGGAAUGGCCGGCAGGGGAUGUAGCUCAGUUGGUAGAGCAUGGCGUUUGCAACGCCAGGGUUGUGGGUUCGAUAAAAAUAAUGUAUGCGCUAACUGUAAGUCGCUCUGGAUAAGAGCGUCUGCUAAAUGACUAAAAUGUAAUGUAAAUGUCUGGGGUACAUACCCUGAUUUGUAGUCCUGAGCCCAGACCGGAGUUAUAUCUCUCGCCUUGCGUGUCAAGGAACCUAUUGCUUUAUCACCUCGUAAAAUCCCGCGCUCGGCGUUUUGAGCCCUGUGAUUCUCAAGGUUAUGUUUAUGACUAGGACUCAGGAAAUGACUGGUCAUCUUCAGCCACCUGACUGACUGACUGACUGACUGACUGACUGACCGACCGACUACUUUUAGUGCUGCUGCUCAAUCUGCUGUUUCAUUCUACCUUUAUUACUCUGGCGUAGACUUUGAUUAGACGUUUGGAGUGUGGAGGAGAUUGAACUCAUUUCAAUAUUUAUAGAAUUUGACACCUUGUUUUCAUUAAUGAGUGUUUUGUAUUUUUGGUCUCAUCGCCUUCGCUCCCUCUGUGCCUUGACACCAAGCCCCUCCUCCUGACACCAAGCCCCUCCUCCUGACACCAAGCCCCUCCUCCUGACACCAAGCCCCUCCUCCUUCUGUGCUGUGUCCCUGUGCAUCUUCCCACUGGCACACCAACAUCAAGCCCCUCCCCUUCCCCCUGCCACUCACAACAACAAAGACAAAAUAUAAUCUUCUUCCUAUCUGACAACAAGCAGUUUCAACUCGCUAUUUGAAUUUGAGGUUUGGUCCAUCAUAAUCGGUCAUAUGUAUGCCGAAACACAUUGAGACAUUAUUUUACUGUAAUAGAGGAGAACUUGGUAACGAUACCCUUUUUGUCUCAAUUCCCAAAAUGUACAACCGACCCUACUAAAACGGGAGUAUUAAUGAACAUGAUUGUGAAUAUUUAUGCUCAGUUUUUGUUGCGCGCGGCAUUGAGGUACCAUGUACCGCUAGCAGCAUUUUAGCCACAGACUUAAGUGCUAGUUGUCUAGUCUGUGUUUUAUAAAUGUGCAAUAAGCAUAAAAAUAUGCAUUUACAUAAGGAAUUGGCAACUCGUUCUCAUUCUGAGAAAUAAGCAACUUAUCCAGGUAGGCCACUUGAUUUCAACAACUAAACAAAGUGAACAGGCUGUUAUUCAAACAGUUGGAGAUGAACAGGAGGGUGUAUUCAUAACAGUUCUACCUUCUACCAAAUAGAUCCAAGUUGGCUAGACUUGAAAUACACUGCUCAAAAAAAUAAAGGGAACACUAAAAUAACACAUCCUAGAUCUGAAUGAAUUCAAUAAUCUUAUUAAAUACUUUUUUCUUUACAUAGUUGAAUGUGCUGACAACAAAAUCACACAAAAAGUAUCAGUGGAAAUCAAAUUUAUCAACCCAUGGAGGUCUGGAUUUGGAGUCACCCUCAAAAUUAAAAAGUGGAAAACCACACUACAGGCUGAUCCAACUUUUAUGUAAUGUCCUUAAAACAAGUCAAAAUGAGGCUCAGUAGUGUGUGUGGCCUCCACGUGCCUGUAUGACCUCCCUACAACGCCUGGGCAUGCUCCUGAUGAGGUGGCGGAUGGUCUCCUGAGGGAUCUCCUCCCAGACCUGGACUAAAGCAUCCGCCAACUCCUGGACAGUCUGUGGUGCAACGUGGCGUUGGUGGAUGGAGCGAGACAUGAUGUCCCAGGUGUGCUCAAUUGGAUUCAGGUCUGGGGAACGGGCGGGCCAGUCCAUAGCAUCAAUGCCUUCCUCUUGCAGGAACUGCUGACACACUCCAGCCACAUGAGGUCUAGCAUUGUCUUGCAUUAGGAGGAACCCAGGGCCAACCGCACCAGCAUAUGGUCUCACAAGGGGUCUGAGGAUCUCAUCUCGGUACCUAAUGGCAGUCAGGCUACCUCUGGCGAGCACAUGGAGGGCUGUGCGGCCCCCCAAAGAAAUGCCACCCCACACCAUGACUGACCCACCGCCAAACCGGUCAUGCUGGAGGAUGUUGCAGGCAGCAGAACGUUCUCCACGGCGUCUCCAGACUCUGUCACGUUUGUCACAUAUGCUCAGUGUGAACCUGCUUUCAUCUGUGAAGAGCACAGGGCGCCAGUGGCGAAUUUGCCAAUCUUGGUGUUCUCUGGCAAAUGCCAAACGUCCUGCACGGUGUUGGGCUGUAAGCACAACCCCGACCUUUGGACGUCGGGCCCUCAUACCACCCUCAUGGAGUCUGUUUCUGACCGUUUGAGCAGACACAUGCACAUUUGUGGCCUGCUGGAGGUCAUUUUGCAGGGCUCUGGCAGUGCUCUUCCUGCUCCUCCUUGCACAAAGGCGGAGGUAGCAGUCCUGCUGCUGGGUUGUUGCCCUCCUACGGCCUCCUCCACGUCUCCUGAUGUACUGGCCUGUCUCCUGGUAGCGCCUCCAUGCUCUGGACACUACGCUGACAGACACAGCAAACCUUCUUGCCACAGCUCGCAUUGAUGUGCCAUCCUGGAUGAGCUGCACUACCUGAGCCACUUGUGUGGGUUGUAGACUCCGUCUCAUGCUACCACUAGAGUGAAAGCACCGCCAGCAUUCAAAAGUGACCAAAACAUCAGCCAGGAAGCAUAGGAACUGAGAAGUGGUCUGUGGUCACCACCUGCAAAACCAGUCCUUUAUUGGGGGGUGUCUUGCUAAUUGCCUAUAAUUUCCACCUGUUGUCUAUUCCAUUUGCACAACAGCAUGUGAAAUGUAUUGUCAAUCAGUGUUGCUUCCUAAGUGGACAGUUUGAUUUCACAGAAGUGUGAUUGACUUGGAGUUACAUUGUGUUGUUUAAGUGUUCCCUUUAUUUUUUUGAGCAGUGUAUAAAGAUUAGCUGGCUACUCACUAGCAGGUGGGCUUGUGCUUGAGAGAUUGUUGAAAUGUUCGGUAUUGACUGACCUUCAUGUCUUAAAGUAAUGCUGGAAUGUCAUUUCUCUUUGCUUAUUUGAGCAGUUCAUGCAAUAAUAUGGACUUUGUGUUUUACCAAAUAGGGCUAUCUUCUGUAUACCACCCCUACCUUGUCACAACACAACUGAUUGGCUCAAACGCAUUAAGAAGGAAAGAAAUUCCACAAAUUACUUUUAAGAAGGCACACCUGUUAUUUGAAAUCCAUUCCAGGUGACUACCUCAUGAAGCUGGUUGAGAGAAUGCAAAGAGUGUGCAAAGCUGUCAUCAAGGCAAAGGGUGGCUACUUUGAAGAAUCUCAAAUAUAAAAUAUAUUUUGAUUUGUUUAACACUUUUUUGGGUUACUAAAUGAUUCCAUAUGUGUUAUUUCAUAGUUUUGAUUUUUUUCACUAUUAUUCUACAAUGUAAAACAUAUUUUAAAAUAAAGUAGAACACUUGAAUGAGUAGGUGUGUCCAAUCUUUUGACUGGUAGUGUAUACAUCUCGUGAAUCGCCUAUAAGUUUGAAAAAAUCGACAUAUAAUUUCUAGGCCAUAUCGCCCAGCCCUAAAGGAAAAAAAUAAAAAAAUAAAGUAUUGAAACAAAACCCACAUCUACCUGUCUUACUUAAGACCACCUUUUAAUGGGAAUGUCUGUUCUAGUAAUUAUAUUUUAUAUGACCUAGAUGACGGAGCAUUCUUAAUGAACUUCUAUCUUUUGUCUGGACAGGAUGACCUGAGGAAAGAGGACUUCAGCACUAUGAGUGCUCCGCUGCUCUACAAGAUGAUUAAGUCUAAAACGGAGUUCCCACUUCACAAAGCCAUCAAGGUGGAGAGGGAAGACGUGGUCUUCCUCUACCUCAUUGAGAUGGACUCGCAGGUGAGUGAGACCUUGACAGGUUUGCCUCGGAGGCACCCCAAGUAUGUUCAAUGUAACAGGUUUCACUGAAGACCAAUAUCCUGUUCUCUCAUCUGGAGCAGGGCCUGUAUUCACAGAGAGUCUCAUUUGGAGUGCUGAUAAUAGAUCAGAUUGAGAAGCCAACUACACUACUUUCUUUUUACAUGUUUUUCUAUCUACACUGAAUAAAAAUAUAAACGCAACAUGCAACAAUUUCAAAGAAUUUACUGAGUUAGUUCAUAUAAGAAAAUCAGUCAAUUGAAAUAAAUUAAUUAGACCCUAAUCUAUGGAUUUCACAUGACUGGGAAUACAGGUAAAAAACAGGUAGGGGCGUGGAUCAGAAAACCAGUCAGUAUCUGGUGUGACCACCAUUUGCCUCAUGCAGCACGACACAUCUCCUUUGCAUGGAGUUGAUCAGGCUGUUGAUUGUGGCCUGAUCAAUGCUCCUCAUCAAUGGCUGUGCGAAGUUGCUGGAUAUUGGCGGGAACUGGAACACGUUGUCGUACACGUCGAUCCAGAGCAUCCCUAACAUGCUCAAUGGGUGACAUGUCUGGUGAGUAUGCAGGCCAAGGAAGAACUGGGACAUUUUCAACUUCCAGGAAUUGUGUACAGAUCCUUGCGACAUGGGGCUGUGCAUUAUCAUGCUGAAACAUGAGGUGAUGGAGGCGGAUGAAUGGUACGACAAUGGGCCUCAGGAUCUCAUCACGGUAUCUCUGUGCAUUCAAAGUGCCAUCGAUAAAAUGCAUUUGUGUUCAUUGCCCGUAGCUUAUGCCUGCCCAUACCAUACUCUGUUCACAACGUUGACAUCAGCAAACCGCUCGCCCACAUGACGUCAUACACGCUGUCUACCAUCUGCCCGGUACAGUUGAAACCAGGAUUCAUCUGUGAAGAGCACACUUCUCCAGUGUGCCAGUGGCCAUAGGUGAGCAUUUGCCCACUGAAGUGGGUUAUGACGCCGAACUGCAGUCAAGUCAAGACCCUGGUGAGAACGACGAGCACGCAGAUUAGCUUCUCUGAGACGGUUUCUGACAGUUUGUGCAGAAAUUCUUCGGUUGUGUGAACUCAGUUUCAUCAACUGUCCGGGUGGCUGGUCUCAGACGUUCCCGCAGGUGAAAAAGCCGGAUGUGGAGGUCCUGGGCUGGCGUGGUUACAAGUGGUCUGUGGUUGUGAGGCCGGUUGGACGUACUGCCAAAUUCUCUAAAACGACGUUGAAGGCGGCUUAUGGUAGAGAGAUGAACAUUCAAUUUUCUGGCAACAGCUCUGGUGGACAUUCCUGCAGUCAGCAUGCCAAUUGUACGCUCCCUCAAAACCUGAGACAUGUGUGGCAUUGUGUUGUGUGACAAAACUACACAUUUUAGUGGCCUUUUACUGUCCCCAGCACAAGGUGCACUUGUGUAAUGAUCAUGCUGUUUAAUCAGCUUCUUGAUAUGCCACACCUGUCAAGUGGAUGGAUUAUCUUGGCAAAGGAGAUGCUCACUAAACAGGGAUGUAAACAAAUUUGUGCGCACAAUUUGAAAGAAAUAAGCUUUUUGUGAGUAUGGAAAAUUUCUGGGAUCUUUUAUUUCAGCUCAUGAAACAUGGGACCAACACUUUAAAUGUUGCGUUGAUAUUUUAGCUCAGUGUAGAAUAGUAUACAUGUUGUUCUAUUCUCCACAUCCCUAGUUGCCUGGGAAGCUGAAUGAACUGGACAACAAUGGGGACUUGGCCCUGGACCUGGCUCUGUCUCGUAAACUGGAGAGUAUCGCCACAACGCUGGUCAACAACAAGGCAGACGUGGACAUGGUGGACCAGAGUGGCUGGAGCCUUCUGCACAAAGCCAUCCAAAGAGGUAGGGGGCGCCGCACAUUCUCGGCAGUAUGUCAUGUACUAUAUUGCUUCUGGCAUAUUGCAUUAUCAAAAACAACACAACCCUCCCUAUGAACGCUCAAUGCUGAGCUAGAGACAACACAACCCUCCCUAUAUAAGCUCACUACUGAGCUAGAGACAACACAACCCUCCCUAUAUAAGCUCACUACUGAGCUAGAGACAACACAACCCUCCCUAUAUAAGCUCACUACUGAGCUAGAGACAACACAACCCUCCCUAUAUAAGCUCAAUGCUGAGCUAGAGACAACACAACCCUCCCUAUAUAAGCUCACUACUGAGCUAGAGACAACACAACCCUCCCUAUAUAAGCUCAAUGCUGAGCUAGAGACAACACAACCCUCCCUAUAUAAGCUCACUACUGGGCUAGAUGGAAAAUGGUUUCUUGCUCUUAGGAAACUUUGCAGUGUUUUAGUUUUUUUAUGUAUUAUUUCUUAUGUUAUUAGCCCAGAAAAUAGUUUUGUGUUAUUACAUACAGCCGGGAAGAUUAUUCAUUCCAUUCCUUACUAGAUUUGUGUGUAUUGGGUAUAUGUUGUGAAAUUGUUAGAUAUUACUGCACUGUCGGAGCUAGAAGCGCAAGCAUUUCGCUACACCCUCGAUAACAUCUGCUAAACACGUGUAUGUGUUUGAUUUUAUUUGAGACAAGAACCCUCCCUAUGGGUUCAACGCUGGGCUAGAGAUGAAGCGUGUUGAAUGCUGAGGGUAAAUUCACACCGCAGUGUGUGUCCUGAUUCUGCACACUUCUCUUUGAACUACAGCACCCGCGCCACAGGCGGCUGGUGGAACCUUUAUUGGGGGAGGACGUGCUCAUAGUAGUGGCUGGAAUGGAAUAGUAUUGAACACAUGGUUUCCUUGUGUUUGAUACCAUUCCAUUCACUUAAUUCCAGUCGUUAUUAUGAGCCGUCCUCCCCUCACUAGUCUCCUGUGACCUGUGCAUAACCAAUCAUUGAAUUUGUUUCCCCUCCACCUCGUCCCUUUCUUCUCUGCCUCCGCCCCACAGGGGAUGAGUUCGCCUCCACCUUCCUGAUCCGCCACUCGGCCCAGGUGAACGCGGCCACGGUCGGGGCGGUGGAGACCCCCCUGCACCUGGUGUGUUCCUUCAGCCCCAGGAAGCACUCUGGGGAGGUGAUGAGUGGUAUGGCCCGCAUCGCAGAGGUCCUGCUCAAGACAGGGGCCAACCCCAACAUGCAGAACAGCAAGGGCAGGUGGGUAAUCAUCCUGAUCCAAUGACCUCAUCUGGUGUGAUAUAACAAAAGUCUAUUAAAAUCACAGUUUAUGUUUUAGAUUGAUUGUACUUUCACUUGAAAUCUAUAGAGAAUCUGCCAUUGCUUCCACAGGGGUUAAAGUUGUCUUCCUUUAUGGAUUAUUUUAUUUAUUUUAUUUCCAAUAUUGAAAAGGACUGGAAUUGGUCAAACUCUCAGUUCAUGUACAAAAUGAUCCUCUUUCCCUAAAAGCAUGAUGGUCAUGACUUUCUAACAUGAAAGGGGAGGUUAAGUUGGCCCCAGACAAUCGACUUAAGUUUCAGUCAUGGGAUUUUGUUUGCUUUAACCCCUGCUUCCAAUGCUUGUGAUGUGUUUACGUGUGAGUUACAGGAGUUGUUUUGUAAUGGUCCCAAUACUGUGGCGCUAUAUAUUUCCUGUUGUUUUUGCUUCCCAGAACUCCUUUACACGAAGCGGUGGUGUCGGGGAACGAGCCGGUGUUCAACCAGCUCCUGCAGUGCAAACAGUGAGUUAAAACAGGAAACCCUUGACUAAAUACUAAGCCAUUGACCUGGCUCAUCAUUGACUUGAUUAAAAUCAGCCUGAGGAGUAGCCUCUAUUUCCUGGUGUAACACUGUCAUCUGUCCCCCUUUCCUCUCCUCAGGCUGGACCUGGAGCUGAAGGACCAUGAGGGGAGCACAGCUCUGUGGCUGGCCCUGCAGUACAUCACCGUGUCCUCUGACCCCAACGUUAACCCCUUCGAGGAAGACGCUCCGGUGGUGGAGAACGGAACGUCGUUUGAUGAAAACAGCUUUGCAGCCCAGCUCAUCCAGAGAGGCAGUAACCCAGACGCACCAGACACCGCCACAGGUACUGUUUCCCAAACUCAUAGUGUUGACUGAGAAUACAAUGCAGAAAUGUCUGAUUGAAGGGAACACGCUAAACGUGUACAUGUUAAUGAAUGAUUUGUUAAUUGGAUGAAUGAUACAAUAAAGGAAAGUAUUAAACAACAGGGAGAUCAGUGCACUACUAUUUUUUCAAUUCUUUAGUCAUUUAGCAGACGCUCUUAUCCAGAGCGACUUACAGGAGCAAUUAGGGUUAAGUGCCUUGCUCAAGGGCACAUCGACAGAUUUUUCACCUAGUCGGCUCGGGGAUUAGAACCAGCGACCUUUCGGUUACUGGCACAACGCUCUUAACCACUAAGCUACCUGUUAUUCUUACUCUCUUUUCCCUCUCAUCUUCCUUUCCUCCAUCCCACCUCAGAGAACUGCCUCCUGCAGAGGGCAGCAGGUGCAGGCAGUGAGGCCGCCGCCCUCUUCCUGGCCACACAUGGGGCAAAGGUCAACCAUGCCAACAAAUGGGUAGGUUACGUUGUACUGCAAUAUCACAUGAUGCAACACAGCUCUGCUAGUUAAUCACAAGUUACUACUUCAGACACUACAGUGCAAUUGUGAAUCAUAAAGUCUACUGCUUCAAACUGUACUGCAUCACAAACUACUGCAUCAUACAAUCUGUCCUCCUCUAACCCCGCUCUGUCCUCCUCUAACCCCGCUCUGUCCUCCUCUAACCCCCCUCUGUCCUCCUCUAACCCCCCUCUGUCCUCCUCUAACCCCGCUCUGUCCGCCUGCUAACCCCCGCUCUGUCCUCCUCUAAACCCCGCUCUGUCCUCCUCUAUCCCCGCUCUGUCCUCCUCUAUCCCGCUCGUCCUCCUCUAAACCCCCUCUGUCCCUCCUCUACCCCCCCUCUGUCCUCCUCUAACCCCCCUCUGUCCUCCUCUAACCCCUCGUCCUCCUCUAAACCCCCCUCUGUCCUCCUCUAACCCCCUCUGUCCCUUCCCUGCCUCUAACCCCCCUCUGUCCUCCUCUAACCCCCUCUGUCCUCCUCUAACCCCCGCUCUGUCCUCCUCUAACCCCCUCUCCUCCUCUAACCCCCCUCUGUCCUCCUCUAACCCCCCUCUGUCCUCCUCUAACCCCCCCUCUGUCCUCCUCUAACCCCCUCUGUCCUCCUCUAACCCCCUCUGUCCUCCUCUAACCCCCCUCUGUCCUCCUCUAAACCCCCCUAACCCCGUCCCCCUUGUCCUCCUCUAACCCCCCUCUGUCCUCCUCUAACCCCCUCUGUCCUCCUCUAACCCCCUCUGUCCUCCUAACCCCCUCUUCCUCCUCUAACCCCCCCUGUCCUCCUCUAACCCCUCUCUGUCCUCCUCUAACCCCCCUCUGUCCUCCUCUAACCCCUCUCCUGUCCUCCUCUAACCCCCCUCUGUCCUCCUCUAACCCCCUCUGCUUCCUCCUCUCAACCCCCCUCUGUCCUCCUCUCUAACCCCCUCUGUCCUCCUCUAACCCCCUCUGUCCUCCUCUAACCCCCUCUGUCUCCUCACCCCCCCCCCCCCUCCUCUAACCCCCCUCUGUCCUCCCUAACCCCCUCUGCCUCUCUCUCCUCUAACCCCCCUCUGCCUCCUACCCCCCUCUGUCCUCUCUACCCCCCUCUGUCCUCCUCUAACCCCCUACGUCCUCCCUAACCCCUCUCUGUCUCCUCUAACCCCCCUCGUCCUCCUCUAACCCCCCUCUGUCCUCCUCUAACCCCCUCUGUCCUCCUCUAACCCCCCCCCUCCUCUAACCCCCUCUGUCUACCCCUCCCUUACCCCCCUCGCUCUCUAACCCCCCUCUGUCCUCCUCUAACCCCCUCUGUCCUCCUCUAACCCCCCUCUGUCCUCCUCUAACCCCCCUCUGUCCUCCUCUAACCCCCCUCUGUCCUCCUCUAACCCCCUCUGUCCUCCUCUAACCCCCCUCUGUCCUCCUCUAACCCCGCUCUGUCCUCCUCUUACCCCCCUCUGUCCUCCUCUAACCCCCCUCUGUCCUCCUCUAACCCCGCUCUGUCCUCCUCUAACCCCCCUCUCUCUCUCCUCUCUCCUCCCCCACAGGGUGAGACCCCUCUCCACACGGCGUGUCGCUGUGGUCUGGCUGGCCUGACGGCAGAGCUGCUCCAGCAGGGGGCUAACUCUAACCUGCAGACCCAGAAGGCCCUCCCCGACGAGGCCCAGGGGGUGUCCCUGCAGAGCCCCCUCCACAUGGCCAUCAUACACAACCACCCCGACGUGGUGUCAGUCAUCCUGGAGCAGAAAGGUGGGUUAGUUGGUCAGCAUCUCCGUGUUAAUUAGACCAGGGGAUGGAUGGAUGGAUGGAUGGAUGAAUGAACAUGAUUGAUCCCCGGAGGGAAAUUGGAUUUGUUACCUGCAUACUGACAAUGUAAUUUCCUGGUGUUUCCAGCCAAUGCUCUUCAUGCCACCAACAACCUGCAGAUCAUCCCAGAUUUCAGCCUCCUAGACUCCAUGGACCAGACGGUGUUGGGUCUAGCCCUAUGGACAGGUAGCUGGCUUCACCAACGUUAACAACAACAACAACACUACACUCAUAUCAGAUAGGUAUCUACUAGAUACGUCAGUGUGAAAGAUCUGGCUGGUGCUCUAUCACUUGACAUGCUUUAAAACAUGCCUUGUCGUGAAAGGGCUCACACCACCUCCUCCUCCUCCUCCAGUCUGGCAUGGCAUGGAUAGCCAGCCAAACAGAGGAGGUAUGUGCAGCCAAAGGUUUUCUAGUCAUGAUAGUCCCAACUCAGUGCCAUGUAUUUAGUAGAAAUUGAAAAUAAUUAUAUGGCUCUGGUCCAACCUAAAACGUAGUCCAUAGACGUAGUCCACACUGAAUUCUAGCAGAAGCUCCAAUUCCAAGCUUUGCCUGUGCUUUGCCCCUAAACCCACUCCUCUUGGAUCGAUCCAAAUACACAACAAAUCAACAGUGAAGAGGCGCAAGCGUCUGAAUUUUGAAUAGGAUUUUUAAAAAGGUAGUUUGGUCUCACUGGAUCCACUGCAUUUACAGUCUGCCCGUGUCUCCCGUCUGUCCCUCAGGUAUGCACACCAUAGCAGCCCAACUCCUGGGCUCUGGGGCGUCCAUCAACAACACCAUGUCCAACGGUCAGACCCUGCUCCACAUGGCCAUCCACAGACAGGACAGCAAGAGUGCCCUGUUCCUCCUGGAACACCAGGCUGACAUCAACGUCAGGUAGGAACACAAUAGGUCACAGAUCAGAAGCUUCAUAAACCAGCAGAUGCAUUUCUCAAUUCUUUAUUUUUUCCCUCGAGGGGAAUUUUAAUUUGGCAUCCGUUUUAAAAGUCAGACGACGUAUCAGACAUAAACAUAAACUGAAUUAUACAAUAAUGCGGAGGUGUACAGGAGCAGUGAUUUUUCUGCCGUUGUAAUCCUUGGUCGGGCCACCUAGUCCAAACUUCUUUGGGACAAUGUUUCGGGAUGGAAAAAAAAAGCUUUCAGUGCGAACUUAAAUUACUAAAACGAGAGAUGUAGAAAAGAUAAUGGACCUAUAUAUAUUUUUAUAAUGUCAUCUUUGAUAACUAACAAUCACCUAAAUAAAAGCUAGACAGUCAGGGAGAAUUGAAAAUACCCAAAACAAUGUAUUUAGCAGUGUGUUUGUUAUUAUGUUGGAGCAAAAGGACACAGCAUUAGCCAUGGCAAACGGCAACAUUUUCUCUCAGCUGCAUGGCAAAAUGUGUUCAUUGCCAAGGCCACCAAUUAAGUCCUUUUUUGGUCCAGAAAAAAACCCUGCGGUAGCACAAGUCAUAGGUGAAUAUGACCUGAUAUGACCUGUAGUUUUUACACAUUGGAUAAAUAUCACUGUGAGGUGUAUAAGUAAGCAGGAGGUGGAUAAAACCGCCAUGUCUCGCUCCCUGCAGGACCCAGGAGGGAGAGACGGCGCUGCAGCUGGCCAUCAGUAAUCAGCUUCCCCUGGUGGUGGACGCCAUCUGCACUCGGGGGGCGGACAUGUCCGUGGUGGACAAGAGGGGACACCCCCCUCUGUGGCUGGCCCUGGAGAACGGCCUAGAGGACAUCGCCUCCACACUGGUGAGACCUGAGGGGGGGGGAGUGGAAGGGUGGUGGAGGUUGUGGUAAUGAGAGCCCACAGAUGAAUGUAAAUAAGUGACCAUGGAAUGCUAUGAUAGUUGUUUGUGAGAGUCUCGACUCAUUUAAGCAAGUCAGGAGUCGGGUCGGGUUUGACUGGGAAUAUGCUGUCUGCUUGUCCCUGCUACUGUAGGUCCGACACGGUUGUGAUGCCACCAGUUGGAGCCCAGGUCCCUCAGGCUGUCAGCAGACCCUCCUCCACAGGGCUGUGGACGAGAACAACGAGGUCACUGCCUGCUUCCUCAUCCGCAGGUCCGUCUGAUCACACUCAUCCCUCUUUAUCAAAUUAACAUAUUUGUAUAAUGGACAGUGUCGCCGACGCGCCUCACUUUCUAAUGCACUCAACCCUCAACAACGGGUAGCUGCGCUCAUCCCUUGCCAUGGACUCACUGCAAAUUAUACUAAUCCCUCUUUAUAGCAAAUGAAUAAACAGCCUUAAAUAGGAAGUGAGAGAGUCACGACGGCCUGCCCUUCUAAUGCCCUCAUCCUCAAUGGGCUAACAGCUCAAUGAUCAUAAUCCUCACAGCUCUUUUAUGACGUGGCGUGUUCACUGUGCUGAAACUACCUUUGGCACCAGUAUAUUGGGUUAAUAUUUCCUAAGUCAGUGGUUGUUUGGUUGGUUUUACUGUUUAGCACAGCCUGGGUCUGGUUGAUAAUCAAGCUCAGACGUUGUUUUGCUGCUAAUUCAAACAGUUUUUUUUUACUUUCACUCAGUCAUCUAUAGAGUUUUGCCAACUUUUCCACUAGCCGCCCGCCAUGUUAGCAUCUUUUUAGCGUUCCAUUUAACCAUUCUUUAUUUAUAGAGUUAAGAUUGAUCAUUCUCCAGAUUCCAGUUGAGUUUAAUCUAGUUCAGGAAUCCAUCUUGGUUUAAUCUAGUUCAGGAAUCCAUCUUGGUUUAAUCUGGUUCAGGAAUCCAUCUUGGUUUAAUCUGGUUCAGGAAUCCAUCUUGGUUUAAUCUGGUUCAGGAAUCCAUUUUGGUUCGGAAAGAGUCAGCAAGAGGAAGGUGGUCCCAUGUGGCUCAGUUGGUAGAGCAUGGCGCUUGCAACACCAGGGUUGUGGGUUUGAUUCCCAUGGGGGACCAGUACAAAAAAGUGGGGUAGUACGUAAAUGUAUGCACUCUGGAUAAGAGCGUCUGCUAAAUGACUAAAAUGUAUGACCUCGCUACUGUAAGUCACUCUGGAUAAGAGCGUCUGCUAAAUGACAAUAAUGUACAGUACCAGUCAAACGUUUGGACACACCUACUCAUUCAAGGGUUUUUCUUUAUUUUUACUAUUUUCUACAUUGUAGAAUAAAAGUGAAGACAUCAAAACUAUGAAAUAACACAUAUGGAAUCAUGUAGGAACCAAAAAAGUGUUAAACAAAUGAAAACAUAUUUUAGAUUCUUCAAAGUAGCCACCCUUUGCCUCUGACAGCUUUGCACACUCUUGGCAUUCUCUCAACCAGUUUCAUGAGGAAUGCUUUUCCAACAGUCUUGAAGGAGUUCCCACAUACGCUGAGCACUUGUUGGCUGCUUUUCCUUCACUCUGCGGUCCAACUCAUUCCAAACCAUCUCAGUUGGGUUGAGGUCGGGUGAUUGUGGAGGCCAGGUCAUCUAAUGCAGCACUCCAUCACUCUCCUUCUUGGUCAAAUAGCCCUUACACAGCCUGGAGGUGUGUUGGGUCAUUGUCCUGUUGAAAAACAAAUGAUAGUCCCACUAAGCGCAAACCAGAUGGGAUGACGUAUCGCUGCAGAAUGGUGUGGGAGCCAUGCUGGUUAAGUGUGCCUUGAAUUCUAAAUAAAUCACAGACAGUGUCACCAGCAAAGCACCCCCACACUAUCACACCUCUUCCUCCAUGCUUCACAGUGGGAACCACACAUGCGGAGAUCAUCUGUUCACCUACUCUGCGUCUCACAAAGACACGGCAGUUGGAACCAAAACUCUCAAAUUUGGACUCAUCAGACCAAAGGACAGAUUUCCACCGGUCUAAUGUCCAUUGCUCGUGUUUCUUGGCCCAAGCAAGUCUCUUCUUCUUAUUGGUGUCCUUUAGUAGUGGUUUAUUUGCAGCAAUUCAAACAUGAAGGCCUGAUUCACGCAGUCUCCUCUGAACAGUUGAUGUUGAGAUGUGUCUGUUACUUCAACUCUGUGAAGCAUUUAUUUGGGCUGCAAUUUCUGAGGCUGGUAACUCUAUUGAACUUAUCCUCUGCAGCAGAGUUAACUCUGGGUCUUCCUUUCCUGUGGCGGUCCUCAUGAGAGCCAGUUUCAUCAUAGCGCUUGAUGGUUUUUGCGACUGCACUUGAAGAAACUUUCAAAGUUCUUGAAAUGUUCCGUAUUGACUGACCUUCAUGUCUUAAAGUAAUGAUGGACUGCCGUUUCUCUUUGCUAAUUUGAGCUGUUCUUGCCAUAAUAUGGACUUGGUCUUUUACCAAAUAGGGCUAUCUUCUGUCUACCCCCCCACCUUGUCACAACACAACUGAUUGGCUCAAACGCAUUAAGAAGGAAAGAAUUUCCACAAAUUACUUUUAACAAGGCACACCUGUUAAUUGAAAUGCAUUCCAGGUGACUACCUCAUGAAGCUGGUUGAGAGAAUGCAAAGAGUGUGCAAAGGAUUUGUUUAACACUUUUUUUGGCUACUACAUAAUUCCAUAUGUGUUAUUUCAUAGUUGUGAUGUCUUCAUUAUUAUUUUACAAUGUAGAAAAUAGUAAAAAUAAAAUCCCUUGAAUGAGUAGGUGUUCUAAAACUUUUGACUGGUACUGUAAAUGGAAGUGGUUUCAUGGUUAUUCAGUGUGAUCCGUGCCUGAUGACUAUGUAAACCAAACUCAUUCAAUGGAGGGCCUAGUGUCUGCAGGCUUUUGGUUUUUCCUUUAAAUUAAGACCUAGACAACCAGGUGAAGGGAGUUCCUUACUAAUCAGUGACCUUAAUUAUCAAUGAAGUCCACGGGAGGAGCGAAAACCCACAGACACUCGGCCCUCCGGGGAAUGAAUUUGACACGUGGUGUAAACAGAGCCAAUAGAAGCUGUCCCAGUCCACACAGAGCUGUCCCAGUCCAUACAGAGCUGUCCCAGUCCACACAGAGCUGUCCCAGUCCACACAGAGCUGUCCCAGUCCACACAGAGCUGUCCCAGUCCACACAGAGCUGUCCCAGUCCACACAGAGCUGUCCACACAGAGCUGUCCCAGUCCACACAGAGCUGUCCCAGUCCAUACAGAGCUGUCCCAGUCCACACAGAGCUGUCCCAGUCCACACAGAGCUGUCCCAGUCCACACUGAGCUGUCCCAGUCCACACUGAGCUGUCCCAGUCCACACAGAGCUGUCCCAGUCCACACAGAGCUGUCCCAGUCCACACAGAGCUGUCCCAGUCCACACAGAGCUGUCCCAGUCCAUACAGAGCUGUCCCAGUCCACACAGAGCUGUCCCAGUCCACAGGCUUACUGUAGCUCAGUAGUUACCUCAGGUGAUCUCAGUGUUGUCAACAGAGCCACUGUAUCAUUCAACUAGGUCAGGGGUGACUGGGUCUUUCUAAUGUUGGUUUAACAGAGGAAUGGAAGGCUAAAGACACUUAGCGCUUUGACAUGGUGUUUUAUUGUCAAAUCUAUAUCAAAUAGUGAUCUACAGUGUUUUCAAUAAUGAUUUAGGUUCUAGUCAAGUAUAUGCUGUAUCAUGUUUCCUCUGCUGUAUCAUGUUUCCUCUGCUGUAUCAUGUUUCCUCUGCUGUAUCAUGUUUCCUCUGCUGUAACCUCUUGGCAUAGCGCUAGCUGAUAUGUUGGUCUAGUCUAACCCUCUGUCUCUCCUCUGUAGUGGUUGUGAUGUGAACAGCCCGCGGCGUCCUGGUCCUAGCGGAGAGGGGGGUGAGGAGGCCAGGGACGGACAGUCACCCCUCCACCUGGCAGCCAGCUGGGGGUUGGAGGAGGUGGUGCAGUGUCUUCUGGAGUUUGGGGCCAACGUCAACACACAGGUACAUCUCGCUUGCUUGCUUACUUACUUAGGCCUUUUAGUCCUCCUGGACAUUACUCCUCCUGGGCCAUCUACAACAGCUUUUCGGCAUAUCCAGUCUCACUGACUAAUGUCACUCCACAGGUCAGUCUCACCAGACAGUCACUCCUCUAAGCACAGUCAUCUCACACGUCUCCCUGUGAUAGAUUCCUCCACUUAGAGUUGUGAUCUAGAAGCAUGAUUCAUUGGUGAGCGAGGAGCAUCUCGUGUCUCCUAUCCAAGCCCAUUCAUUGUGGCUAAUAUAAGCUGUGUAACCCAGGACGCCGAGGGCCGAGCUCCAAUCCACGUUGCCAUUAGCAACCAGCACAGCGUCAUCAUCCAGCUGCUCAUCUCCCACCCGGACAUCCGUCUGAACGUACGUGACCGCCAGGGCAUGACCCCCUUUGCCUGUGCCAUGACCCACAAGAACAACAAGGCUGCAGAAGCCAUCCUCAAGAGAGAGCCUGGGGCUGCCGAACAGGUGAGAGAGACCCCCCCCCCCCCCCCCCCCCCCCCCACAACACACACACACACACACACACACACACACACUGCUGCCUCUUUUGGCCCAUUUUCCUACAGUGUAAUUACUCGAUCUGACACUGUUUAUACAAUCCAAGUCUUCUCCCCAAUCCUUCCCUCUCUUUUUCUCCUCUCAGGUGGACAACAAAGGGCGUAACUUCCUGCAUGUGGCGGUGCAGAACUCUGACAUCGAGAGUGUUCUGUUCCUGAUCAGUGUCCAGGCCAACGUGAACUCCCGGGUGCAGGAUGCUGCCAAGCAGACCCCUCUACACCUGGCUGUUCAGGCUGGCUCCGAAAUUAUCGUCCGUAACCUGGUAAUGACACCCUGCCUCCUCAUCGGUGACUGGGUCACACUAGGGCUGGGGGGCGGGACCAGGGACCUCACAAUACCAUAUUAUUACCGUACAUAGGUGCCGAUACGAUGCGUGUUGCGAUCCGGUAGUGCCGUUUUAUUGCGGUCCGAUGUUCCGAACAUAUUUCUCACUAUAUGUUUGCUGCAGAGGGACAUGAGAGAGCAUGGGGAAAUUAGUUUUGAUCAAUCAUGGAACUAAAAGUACUGAAAACAUGUUGGCUCACUAUUUUAAAAAGAAGAUGGAGUUUUGGUGAAGGUACAGCCGACUAGCGCUAGCUAACGCUACAAAGCAACAAAAAACGAUAAUUGUAGUCAAAAGUAUUGAUUUUAUAUAAUAUUAUCCCAAAUAAUAUUGCAAUAUGUAACUAUCGAUUUUUCACCCGUAACACUGUUCUAGUGCUGGCUGUUAUUCUGUCUGGAUAGCUGAGUGUCUGUGGACUUGAACAAACCUAAUGCAGUGGUAGAUUUUGGGUGCUCUCGCGCGUGGCGUUAUAGCUCUGUGAGUGCCAGAAAUAUUUGUGUUAUUAUCACAGUGGGAAUCAUGGGUGGCGCAAUAGGUGGCGAUGGGGCGAAAGGGUUGUUUUUAUGAAAGAAAAAUUGUUUGUAGGUAUAACGAGGGCUUGACCACUCACUGGCCAAUCAACGUGCUCCAUGGCUUAAUACCGUGGUGUGGUGGUCUCAAGUUGUGUAGGCUUUUGCAUCGUCUUGGCGCCAGCCGAAAAUAGAGCGCCGAGUGUCUGUCUGGGACAGGGCUCUCCAACCCUGUUCCUGGAGAGCUACCCUCCUGUAAGUUUUCGCUCCAACCACAAUUGUAACUAACCUUGGUUCAGUUUAUCAACCAGCUAAUUAUUAGAAUCAGGUGUGCUAGAUUAGGGUUGGAGUGGAAAACCUACAGGACGGUAGCUCUCCAGGAACAGGCUUUGGGCAGUCCUGCUCUAGGACUUCCAUCUUAAUUGCAGCCGCGGUGUGCAGAUGGUCAGAUGGUGAAGCGUUUAACAUGACUGGAACCACAUUAUAUAAGCUCUUAUGAGAUACGCAACUCGACUGUGAAAGAGACAACCUGGAACGCAACGUGUGUCUGUGUGUGUGACUGGUGUGUGACUGGUGUCUGACUGGUGUAUGUCCACUGCAGCUGCUGGCCGGGGCCAAAGUGAAUGAGCUGACCAAACACAGACAGACCGCUCUCCACUUGGCGACCCAGCAGGACCUGGCUACUAUCUGCUCUGUGCUGCUGGAGAACGGAGUGGACUUCACCGCUGUGGACGAGAAUGGCAACAACGGUACAGGGCCCGGUUUCCCAAAAGCAUCUUAUGGCUAAGUUCAUCGUUAGAACCUUCGUAGGAGCGUCAUUAAAUCUCAGAGCUGUUUCCCAAAACCAUCGUUAUUAACGUUGCACUUACAAUGAUUCCUUACUACUGCCUGUCCUCAACUCUGCUGCACUAUUACACCCUGCUGAAAAAACCAUUCCUUAUUUAUCAGUUCAGCACCCCUAAUGUGUUGUUUAUGGUACUUGCCUGACCAAAAAGAGAGAGCCUUUUUAACUCGGGUGUACUUGUACAUCAAGCUGCCUCGUGCUACAGAAACAGGAGAUGGGCUCCUGCCCCCUUUGGGCCGUUCUGGUUUACUUACUGACUUUCUAAACUCAUUUCUACAGUUCUUUUAUCUCUCAUCUUUUUCUCUGUUUUUCUCACGGUUUUGUCUUGUUCUGUCCGUCCUCAGCCCUGCACCUGGCCGUAAUGCAGGGUCGCCUUAAUAAUGUGCGAGCCCUUCUCACAGAGUCCAACAUCGACGCUGAGGCCUUCAAUCUCCGGUACGCUCCUGUUCUCACCUGUUCAUAACUUCAGCCAUGGUUCUUCUCUUAAUGGUCAUUACACAGGUUCAUUGUGUUUUAUUCACUGAACACUUGUCUGUUUUGUAGGGGCCAGUCACCGAUGCACGUCCUGGGGCAAUAUGGGAAAGAGAAUGCGGCGGCCAUCUUUGAGCUUUUCUUGGAGUGUAUGCCUGAGUACCCUCUGGACAAAGCGGACAAUGAAGGGAACACAGGUAGGAAGGAGAGCAGGGUUCUGGGAACACAGGUAGGAAGGAGAGCAGGGUUCUGGGAACACAGGUAGGAAGGAGAGCAGGGUUCUGGGAACACAGGUAGGAAGGAGAGCAGGGUUCUGGGAACACAGGUAGGAAGGAGAGCAGGGUGCUGGGAACACAGGUAGGAAGGAGAGCAGGGUGCUGGGAACACAGGUAGGAAGGAGAGCAGGGUUCUGGGAACACAGGUAGGAAGGAGAGCAGGGUUCUGGGAACACAGGUAGGAAGGAGAGCAGGGUGCUGGGAACACAGGUAGGAAGGAGAGCAGGGUGCUGGGAACACACAGUUAGGAAGGAGAGCAGGGUUCUGGGAACACAGGUAGGAAGGAGAGCAGGGUUCUGGGAACACAGGUAGGAAGGAGAGCAGGGUGCUGGGAACACAGGUAGGAAGGAGAGCAGGGUGCUGGGAACACAGAUAGGAAGGAGAGCAGGGUUCUGCUUCAAUCUCUAUCUGACUGAUUGGAUCAAGGCCCCUUUGGGUUUAGUGUUUCUGAUUGGAUCAAGGCCCUUUGGAUUUAGUGUUUCUGAUUGGAUCAAGGCCCUUUGGGUUUAGUGUUUCUGAUUGGAUCAAGGCCCUUUGGGUUUAGUGUUUCUGAUUGGAUCAAGGCCCUUUUGGAUUUAGUGUUUCUGUCCUGACUAACAGCUUGCUUAGUUAGUCUCAAAUGUCUGACUCGUAUAAGCCAUUAUAAUGAUAUUUAUUUAUUUACCCAUAGCGCAUUCUUUUGCAAUAACAACCUGAAAUAAAUAAAUAAAUAUACAGUGAGGGGAAAAAAGUAUUUGAUCACCUGCUGAUUUUGUACGUUUGCCCAUUGACAAAGACAUGAUCAGUCUAUAAUUUUAAUGGUAGGUUUAUUUGAACAGUGAGAGACAGAAUAACAACAAAGAAAUCCAGAAAAACGCAUGUCAAAAAUAUUAUGAAAUUAUUUGCAUUUUAAUGAGGGAAAUAGUAUUUGACCCCUCUGCAAAACAUGACUUAGUACUUAUAAUAUAAUAAUAUGCCAUUUAGCAGACGCUUUUAUCCAAAGCGACUUACAGUCAUGCUUGCAUACAUACUUGGUGGCAAAACCCUUGUUGGCAAUCACAGAGGUCAGACGUUUCUUGUAGUUGGCCACCAGGUUUGCACACAUCUCAGGAGGGAUUUUGUUCCACUCCUCUUUGCAGAUCUUCUCCAAGUCAUUAAGGUUUCGAGGCUGACGUUUGGCAACUCGAACCUUCAGCACCCUCCACAGAUUUUCUAUGGGAUUAAGGUCUGGAGACUGGCUAGGCCACUCCAGGACCUUAAUGUGCGUCUUCUUGAGCCACUCCUUUGUUGCCUUGGCCGUGUGUUUUGGGUCAUUGUCAUGCUGGAAUACCCAUCCACGACCCAUUUUCAAUGCCCUGGCUGAGGGAAGGAGGUUCUCACCCAAGAUUUGACGGUACAUGGCCCCGUCCAUCGUCCCUUUGAUGCGGUGAAGUUGUCCUGUCCCCUUAGCAGUAAAACACCCCCAAAGCAUAAUGUUUCCACCUCCAUGUUUGACAGUGGGGAUGGUGUUCUUGGGGUCAUAGGCAGCAUUCCUCCUCCUCCAAACACGGCGAGUUGAGUUGAUGCCAAAGAGCUCCAUUUUGGUCUCAUCUGACCACAACACUUUCACCCAGUUCUCCUCUGAAUCAUUCAGAUGUUCAUUGGAAAACUUCAGACGGGCCUGUAUAUGUGCUUUCUUGAGCAGGGGGACCUUGCGGGCGCUGCAGGAUUUCAGUCCUUCACGGCGUAGUGUGUUACCAAUUGUUUUCUUGGUGACUAUGGUCCCAGCUGCCUUGAGAUCAUUGACAAGAUCCUCCCGUGUAGUUCUGGGCUGAAGUGAGAUCUUGCAUGGAGCUCCAGGCCGAGGGAGAUUGACAGUUCUUUUGUGUUUCUUCCAUUUGCGAAUAAUCGCACCAACUGUUGUCACCUUCUCACCAAGCUGUUUGGCGAUGGUCUUGUAGCCCAUUCCAGCCUUGUGUAGGUCUACAAUCUUGUCCCUGACAUCCUUGGAGAGCUCUUUGGUCUUGGCCAUGGUGGAGAGUUUGGAAUCUGAUUGAUUGAUUGCUUCUGCGGACAGGUGUCUUUUAUACAGGUAACAAGCUGAGAUUAGGAGCACUCCCUUUAAGAGUACCUGUAUAAAAGACACCUGGGAGUCAGAAAUCUUUCUGAUUGAGAGGGGGUCAAAUACUUAUUUCCCUCAUUAAAAUGCAAAUCAAUGUAUAAAAUUUUUGACAUGCGUUUUUCUGGAUUUUUUUGCUGUUAUUCUGUCUCUCACUGUUCAAAUAAACCUACCAUUAAAAUUAUAGACUGAUCAUUUCUUUGUCAGUGGGCAAAUGUACAAAAAUCAGCAGGGGAUCAAAUACCUUUUUUCCCUCACUGUAUACUAAAUGAAAGGAACCAAGUGUUAUAUGUUCUAGAGAAUAACGUCAAUCAUUUUUUUUGCUCCUCAGUUCUGUUGCUGGCCUACGUGAAGGGCAACGCUAACCUGUGUCGUGCCGUCGUGAGGUCUGGGGCUCGAAUGGGCCUCAACAACAACCAGGGAAUCAACAUCUUCAACUACCAAGUAGCCACCAAGCAGCUGCUCUUCCGCCUUCUAGGUUAGACGCUCGGUCCUGAUGUACACCUGGAAUACAUCUGCUGUUGGUGUUACGUACAGUAGUUCAUAGAGUGCAGUACAUAAGCAUACAGUACAUAGUUUACAUUAGUCCACCUGCUUUGACAUAUCAGUUAGGCAUAGAGAAGAGUUUGUUUUUGGAUCCUUGGAAUAAUCAUGAUUAUUGACGCUCGGUUGAGUAGGUAUUUUUUAAGAGGAAUGGGAGCCAUUCUCACUAUGUGUUUUGUGUGUUUUUAGAUAUGUUGUCCAAAGAGCCCCCGUGGUGUGAUGGAUCAAACUGUUAUGAAUGUGCUACCAAGUUUGGAGUCACCACAAGGAAACAUCACUGGUAAGUACUGGAAAUACAGUUUCUUAAUAAAGACUGCUUUAGUCCUUCAAGUGAAGUGAAAUUGGAAAGUAUGUCCUGUUGUUUUUGACAAGUUAUAAUAUCAGACCUUACUCACCAAACGUUCUCUCCCCCUCUUUCUCGCCCUUCUCCCUGGCCCCCUCUGCUUCUUCCUCCCUCUUCCCCCCCCUCUUCUCCUACCUUCUCUCCCCCUUCCUCCCUCGUCUCCCCCAAGCCGUCACUGCGGCCGCUUGCUCUGCCACAAGUGUUCUAUAAAGGAGAUCCCCAUCAUUAAGUUUGACCUGAACAAGCCUGUGAGGGUCUGUGAGGUGUGCUUUGACGUGCUGACUCUGGGUGGGGUGUCCUAA